CUGGUCAGAAGGGAAUGAAGUAUUCAGGAUAAAGGAAAGAAAGUUAGCCCCAAAAGGGAUGCAGGACCAGAUGGAGGAGAGCUCCCACAGGGCACAAGAACACUUGCCAGCACCUGCUGAAGGAAGGAAAGAAAGCAGAAAUAAAAGAGAUUGUAGGAGCCAAAGGAGGCACUGACCACUUGGUUCUCUUGAGCUGGUUUUCUUCUCACAGCUUGGUCAAGAUUUGUUGAGGCCAGACAUGCCCAAUGCUCUGUGUGCUCUCCCCAGUAGGCACUGGGGGAGGUACCCAGUGGUGUUUCCUUAAUCACCAACCACAUAGCCCCUUGAGAAUGCCAAGGCCCUGUCCUGGGGCUGCUCUAUGGGUUCACUAUAAGGAAUUGGGCAGACAACUCUCCUGGUGCCUCGGUCUUUGGUAGAAGCAGUAGAUGUUGUGUACUAGAGGUUACUGGAUGGGCUCACAAACAUUGUCCCCGGAAUGCCAGUUGGACAGAACCUGAUGACCUUUCCUUUAGAGAACAAUGAGGCCCGGGCCUUCUGAGGACUCCUAUUGGUGGAGUGGGGUGAAUUUCCUCUCCCCAGAGUGAUAGGCUGGAGGCCAAGACUGACCUUUACGGAUUCCCAAAAGGACCCAAGCCGCUCUGGCAUGUGGAUCUCCUUGUGCAUUGGAUUCCUGGGGCUGUGUUCUGUGCUAAUAGGAAGCUGCAUACUCUUUCUGCACUGGAAGAAGAACUUGCAAAGAGAAGAACGUGCCCAGCAGUGGGUGGAAGUGAUGAGAGCUGCCACAUUCACCUACAGCCCACUGUUGUACUGGAUAAACAAGCGGCGUUACCAUGGCAUGAAUGUAGCCAUUAACACAGGCCCUCCCCCUGCUGUCACCAAAACUGAGCCGGAAGAUCAGAAUCCAGAUUCUUUGUGGGAGUUGGAUCUCUCUGAAGGCAGGAGCUUCGUUGUACAAGACAGCAGCCCCAGAGGUGAAGCCUCUGAUCUCUUGCAACAUGCUUUGGGGAUUCCAAAGCAGCCCCAGUCUUCAAAAAUGCCACAGCCUCGGACUGACUCCCCAUUCCCACUUCCCAUCUUUCAGGAGGUGCCCUUUGCCCUUUCCCUCUGCCACCUGCCUCCCAUGUUGAACCACUCUGUCUCCUACCCUUUGGCCAACCGCCCCGAAAGGAAUGUUCCUUUCUGUUCCCUCCCAACACUGGCCCACGGAACAAACUGCUUUAAUGCCAAGCCUUUUGCUUUAGAGCUGUAGUUUCCUCUUAGUGAGGGUGGGAGCUGCAAAUACCAAAGGCUCCCUUUGGUAGAAAACAGAGAUAACCACAAGGAAUUGGUACUGACAAGGAGAUCACAGCCACCUGGUGAGAGGUUUAAUGCCAUAGACUUAAAAAAAAAAAAAUAAAGUCCAAGUUUUCCU